GCAGGUUCUGCAGCGGAGCUACAGCACAGUAGGCUGGGCAGGCAAAUCGCGUGGAGGGCAGCGGGGUCCUCCCGGGUCCCCCCUUUCCGAGCUCCGAUUAAAGCGCAGGUGAGACUGCAGCCAGCAGGGGGCGCCAGAGGACCGACAGUGCGCUGGGGGUGCGGAGCUCGGGACCCCGCCCCGGCCAGACCGGCUUGCACCCCAGUCCCAGGAGCCAAAAGGAGAGGCUCCCGGGGCGACAGCCAGGUGGAGGUCACUGCAGGUCCGGCUCCCUGAGUCGGCCUGGAGUUUACCUGCAGGCUGAAUAAGUGCGCUGAUGGCCCAGGCAGGCAGUGUGGCUAAUAAACCGCGUAGACGAGGGCGCUUAACGCGUCUGUGUUUCCGUAUUUCUUCCCCUUUCCCCUUUCAUCUCUUUCUUUCCUUCUCUCAUUCUUCCUUUUCUCUGUUUUCUGUCCCCCUCCUCCCUUUCCUUCCAUCUGAAACCCUGGCCCAGUCCCUCGGGAGCCGGGCACCCUGCCUGGGGCUCCCCCACCCCCAUGACCUGCUCCUCCUGGGGGGACAGCGGCAGCUGGACCUCAGCAAUAGCGGGGUAAUUGGGAGCAGAGGUCAGAGGGCAAAGCCCAGGUUCCACGGGUUGCCCGCAGAACUCAGCAGCCUGUUGCCAGGUAACCACGUCUCCCAUCCCCGCCCCAACGCAGGGUCCUGAGGCCCAGCCUGAGCCUCUGCUUGGCUUCUGCCCAGUCUCUCAAACACAUGUACCUUCUGUGAGUCUCAGGAAGCCAAAGGAGAGGAGAUCCACACCCCGGCCGCUACUCCUGAGCCCCACCCUCCGACCCCCACCCCCCUGGGGCUCUGACACCUACUGUCCCACUGCGAAGGCCCCGCCUGGGCGGGUAGGUCACUGCCACCAUGAGUCUGGGCAUCAUGGAGGAGGAAGACCUGGUUGAGUACUUCCGGCUGCAGUAUGGGGAACGGCUGCUGCAGCUGCUACAGAAGUUGCCCCCUGUGGAUGACCAGUCAGAGUCCCCGUCCAUCCGGCUCCUGGAGAAGAAGAAGGAGGCCACCAUCAUCCAUCAGGCGAUGGAGGAGAAGAAGGAGACAUUUAAGAACAGAAUGGAAACCCUGAAGCUGCGCUGGGAGGAGCUGAGCGUCAAGGAAGAGCAGCUGAAGGCCCACAUCCAGAAAUUCGAGCAGUUCAUCCAGGAAAACGACCAGAAGCGGAUACGAGCCCUGAAGAAAGCCAACAAGGAGCGGGAACUCAAGAGGUAUCACCUGCGGGACCUGACCAAGGCUAAGCAGGACAUGGUGGCCCUGCGGCUGGAGCACCAGCGGCUGAGCGCCAAGCUGCAGGACUACGCUGUCUUCAACAAGUACCUGGAGAAGGUGGUGGAGAACUCCGAGUUUGAGGAGAUCCACGAGGUGAUUGGGCGCUACAAGACGCUGGUCAGCAUGCACCACGACCUCAUGCAGUCGGCGCAGGAGGGCCAGGAGAAGAUCGAGCGGGCCAAGGCGCGGCUGGCGAGGUACAUGGAGGAGAAGGACGAUGAGAUCCUGCAACACAACAACGAGCUGGCGAGGCUGCAGAUGCGUUUCGACCGGGCUCGCAGUGAUGUCAUUAUCUGGGAGUCCCGCUGGGCACACAUCCAGAACACUGCCGCUAAGAAGACCCUCCUGCUGGGCACCAUUAAGAUGGCAACGCUGAACCUCUACCAGACUGUGAGCAAGCAGCUGAAGGAGGCCUCCCAGGUGUCGCUGGAGGACACUCACAAACAGCUGGACAUGAUCCAGCAGUUUAUCCAAGACCUAUCAGACAUCUGGGCAGAGGUGAAAAAGAAGGACCAAUCGCAAGGCCGGGCGUAAGGAGGCGGCGUGCCUCCAGAAUGUCCUGAACAGACACUGCAGAGAGAGAGAAAGCUCCUGGUGAGCCUGCAGUCCAGUCAGCCCAGGCUAGCAGCAGAGGACCUUGUCUGGUUUCCUAUUGGCAAUACCUUGCCAUGUUACCCAUGUUACCCUCAGUCCAUCCCAGCCUUGAGGACAUUAAAUGGUAUAAGAAGUUUGUUCUGAAGUUUGCUGUCUUUUUGAUAGUUUGAUUAUGGAAGAAAGAGUUAAUGAGGAGCCAGGCAUGGUGGUCAUCCCAGCAUCGGGAGGCUGAGGCAGGAGGAUCACCAUGAGGUUGAGGCCAGCCUGGACUACACUGUACGUUCAAGGCCAGCCCGCACUACAUAGCAAGGUCCUGUCCCCCAAAAAUAAAAGUUAGUGAGGGGGAGAGCCCCAUGAGCAUCCCCUCUCAAAGCUACCCACUUGAGCCUCCCCGGAACUAGAGACCACGACUUAGGUCGAUAUCUCCUGGACUUUGAACUUGAAUAUAGUUAAGUGGUGGGUUCAGGGGAUCCCUCUGUUCUGCAACUUCAGAACUCAGCACCACCCUCCGAAGCUGGGUACAAAGACUCAGUGGCCCUGUGAGGGCUGCUUCCCACGCUGGAGCUGCCAGGCGCUGAGUCAAAACUCUCGCUGGCCUCAGGAGCAGCCCAGCUCCUUACCCUGGUGCACCCUUGAAUGGGCCACCUAAGGUCAGCAAUGGCAGUGCAGGAGCAGCCCGAUGGGAACUAAUGAGGGACCACUACUGUGCCAAAGGACAACCUCAGGAGCCUCGUGGCAGGCUGCAUGAUGAUUAAAACUAGCAAAGCGAGAGUCCGGGGCAUCGCUCAGGGGCACAGUGUCUGCCUGGCAAGCGUGAGACUGUGAAUUCGAUUCCUGGUUCAAAAAAAAUACAAUAAAAUAAAACCAGCAAAACUAAACCACAGAGGAAUAAACGUAAAGUUUUGAACUUAGGUUUAAAAAUUUAUCAGCACAUUCCUAAGUCGUCAGUGCAAAAGCCUAACCUACAGGGAAAUAGUUUUAUUUUUUAUUAGUAUAUGUAUUAUUUUUUAUUAGUACAUGUUUGCAGGACAUAUGAUUACAUAUGAUUACAUGUACAUAUGGUACAUGUGCACAGCACAUCUGUAUACUGUGGAGGUCCCCGUCUCCUCUCCCCCGUCCAUCCAUCUCUGUCCCCUUCUCUUUUGCUAAAGAUCUAUUUCUCUAUGUCCUAUUACAAUUCUUUAUUUUGCACUUUAUUUGUGUCUGGAGUGUUUAAUGUCAGAUAAUCCAUGUAGCAGUCAGUGCCAUUUGCAUACUGCAGGGGGAGAGAACAAGGCCUUACCAAGAAACAAACCCUCCCUGCAAACCAGCACCAUGAGCGGGCUGCUGCCGGCCAGGGGGCAGCCAGACCCAGCCCCUUCCAGCACACGGGCUGGUAAACAAGAGGGGCCAACCCCCCCCCACCCCCCGUAAGCAACCAGCUGAUCCAGAGAAACCCAGGCUGGGAUGGUAGCUACUGAGGUGGGAUGCAAUUUGAUGCUGGUGGUGUUUGGUGUUCCCUGACCUUGCAGGUCUAGGGCUGGUGGUUUGAUUGUCUAUUCAGAUGGUAGCAGUAUACAGUGUGGCAUCUUGGGAGAUCUCCUUCUGAGGGCAGUGGCCAUUGCUAAUCCCCUAUUAUCUUGUUCUGAAGUCCUGUAUCAUUUUGACUCUUUUGUUGUGUUGGGUUCUGUUCUGUUUUGUUAUAUCCAAUAGCACGGGCAGCUAUUUCAAAGACAGCAAGAUUCUAUUAUGGUAGCGUUUUGGAUUUACUAUUGUAUUGUUUUGAAGUCCUUUAUUCCAUUCAUUGUUUUGUUUUUAUUGUUCUGUUCUGUUCGAUUUUUACUAU